AUGGCGUCCUCUACCGACAUUGCCUCCAUCCCGACUCCCGCCCACUGCACCGCCGACUUCUGCUUGAUCCCAAUCGGAACCGCUUCCGCCUCUGUCUCUGCCCAAAUCGCCGACGUCCAGCGUCUGAUCGAGAAAUCCGGCGUCAAGUACGUGAUGCAUUCGGCCGGCACAACCCUGGGUACGUCGCUUCAGAGUUGCAUAUUUGAUUGA